GUACGAACAAAAAGGAUAUAAGAUAUUAAGAUCCCCCGUCCGUCUGAUCUCUCUCUGCCCUUCACUCUCUCCCCGUAAAACCCUGCAUUCACAUUUCACAGGCUCAUGGAUUACCUCCAUUGAUUUCCUUGAUCCAAUCUCAGCGGCCUUGUCCGUAAACUUCAUGGCGGCCUUUGUUUGUCUGCUUCUUUGUGUUACUCUCGCUUCUCUCCCUUUCUUCUUCCUGUUCCGUGCCUCUCGGUGCCGGAGGCGGAUGCUGCCACCAGGAAACCUCGGCCUCCCUUUCAUCGGGGAGACUCUGCAACUUAUUUCGGCUUACAAGACCGAGAAUCCUGAGCCGUUCAUCGACGAGCGGGUGAAACGGUUCGGACCCAUAUUCACGACCCACGUUUUCGGCGAGCCCACCGUAUUCUCCGCCGACCCAGAGACGAACAGGUUCAUCUUGAUGAACGAAGGGAAGCUUUUUGAGUGUAGCUACCCGGCCUCGAUAUCGAACUUGCUGGGAAGGCACUCUCUGUUGCUCAUGAAGGGUAGCCUUCACAAAAGAAUGCACUCUCUCACCGUGAGCUUCGCCAACUCGUCGAACAUCAGGGACCAUCUUUUGGUCGAUAUAGACCGGUUGGUCCGGCUCAAUUUGGAUUCUUGGAACGGUCGGAUCUUUCUCAUGGAGGAGGCCAAGAAGAUAACAUUUGAGUUAACGGUGAAGCAGCUGAUGAGCUUUGAUCCAGGGGAAUGGACUGAAAGUCUGAGGAAGGAGUACGUUCUAGUCAUUGAAGGCUUCUUCACCGUUGCUUUGCCUAUCUUCUCGACAACUUACAGCAGAGCCAUCAAAGCCAGAACUAAGGUAGCAGAGGCAUUGAGCUUGAUAGUGAAGCAAAGAAGGAAACAGAGCGAAGCGGGAGAGAAGAAGAAAGACAUGUUGGAAACCCUCUUGGCCGGAGACUACGGAUUCUCCGACGAGCAUAUUGUAGAUUUCUUGCUGGCUCUGCUUGUCGCCGGCUAUGAAACAACCUCAACUAUUAUUACUCUCGCCGUUAAGUUUCUGACUGAGACACCUCUAGCUCUUGCUCAGCUCAAGGAAGAGCACGAUCAAAUUAGAGCAAAGAAGAGUGAGAACGAGACUCUUGAAUGGAGUGAUUACAAGUCUAUGCCAUUCACUCAAUGUGUUGUUAACGAAACUCUGCGGGUCGCAAACAUAAUUGGUGGGAUAUUCAGGAGAGCAAUGACAGACAUCCAUAUAAAGGGUUAUACAAUUCCUAAAGGAUGGAAGGUUUUUGCAUCAUUUCGGGCUGUACAUUUGGACCGUGACCACUUCAAAGAUGCUCGCUCUUUUAAUCCAUGGAGAUGGCAGGAGAAUUCGGGAACAACAAGCGCAGGGAAUGUGUUUACGCCAUUUGGAGGAGGACCGCGGCUGUGCCCUGGCUAUGAGCUUGCUAGAGUGGAGCUCUCCGUCUUCCUGCACCACCUAGUCACUCGUUUGAGUUGGGUUCCUGCUGAAGAGGAUAAGUUGGUUUUCUUCCCAACCACCAGGACGCAGAAGCGGUAUCCGAUCAACGUGCAGCGUCGAAAUCAUGUGUCCAAGUUGUGUAAAGAGUAAAAGAUCAGGAAAAAUUAAAAAGAGAUGCAAUUUGUAAGAGCCAAGAGGGGUGUAAUCCCUCUCUCGUCGUGUCAGUAGGAAAUAAAAUCAAAUAAUUCGAUUAGUAGCCGAUGUAAAUUAAUUUUGUUCAAAAUGUUGUUUACUUACAGCAGCUGUAUCAAUGGCUGCGUAUUAUUUUUAUCCUCAUA